CACCGAAAAGAAACUGGACCUGUUGGUGAUGGAAAACCUUUUCUAUGGGCGAAAGAUGGCACAGGUGUUUGACCUGAAGGGAUCCCUGAGAAACAGGAACGUGAAGACUGAACUAGGAAAGGAGAGCUGUGAGGUGGUGCUCCUGGAUGAGAACCUCCUCAAACUGGUGCAUGACAAUCCCCUUUAUAUUCGCUCACACUGCAAGGCCAUUCUGCGUGCUGCCAUCCUCAGUGAUGCCCACUUCCUGUCCAGCCACCUCAUCAUUGAUUAUUCCCUGUUGGUGGGCCGUGACGAUGCCACGAACGAGCUAGUUGUGGGCAUCAUAGAUUAUAUCCGGACUUUCACAUGGGAUAAAAAGCUGGAGAUGGUGGUCAAAUCGACUGGGAUUCUCGGAGGUCAAGGUAAACUGCCCACGGUGGUGUCACCAGAGCUGUAUCGAGCACGUUUCUGUGAGGCAAUGGACAAAUAUUUCCUCAUGGUCCCUGAUCACUGGACAGGUCUUGGGCUCAACUGCUGAUGGACAAGAAGGGAACGUUAUAGCUGGAAAGGGAUAUGCUGCUCUCUCAUGUACUUUGCAGUGAUUUUAUGGAAGACCAUAGUGAACCCUCCAUUAUCUGCGGUGGUGUCUGAAGCUGGGUGAAACUGAACUCCUCUUUCUAUGCUUUGUGCACAAAUUGACCAAAACAGAUGUGCCAAGACCCAGUUCCAGAAGAUCCACUGAAGAGACCGAACUGAAAUGGCUGAACUUUUAGAACCCUGUUAAGCAGUAGUGUUUGUUUAUAACCUAUUAACUGUGGAUGAUGUAAAAGUUUAUAAAUGUACAGAGAUAUGUAAUUAAAGCUGAUUAAUACUGGUAAAGGUGUCUUAUGAUAUUUAACUUUAUUGUCUGAUCAAUUAUGCAUUUAGGACCUGUGCCCAGUUGCAAAAAAAAACAAAACAAAAAACACUAAUACUAAGGAUCUAUAGCUAAUGACUCUCUUUAGGGGCUUUUGUGAAAACUACAGAUAGUGCUUCUGAGUGAUUCUAUAAUUGCAGGUACAUUUGGUG